GUACGCUAGGCAGUGCUUUUAUAGUGAUUGUACGUUGAUUGUAAUGGUAGAGUAGUAGCGGCAUUAAAAGUAGAAGACUGUACACGUUUGGCACACGUUUGUAUAUAUAUAUUUAAAAACAAAUGAACAAGUUUUUUGGAAAUUGUAAGCGAACGGAUUGAACAGCAACAAAAAAACAACCAAUAGAGUAUUAUCAUCCCCAUUCAGACAUAGACGACACACCAACAACUGGACAUGGUAUAUGAAGGGAAGAAGAGAGACAUUUGGUUUUAGCUUCCUCCUUUCGGCACUGGUGCGUAGAGUAAAUGCGGCUGCCUUUGUAUCUUCGGUGUACUACCUUGUAGACUUGUGACCCGUUGUACUGUUGUGUGGAUGGAGACAUUCAUGGGCCCUUUGGUGUGUGACUCAAAAUCGGUAGAGUACUUAGAGACAUGUACUUAACGUAUUUAGUUACUUAUCCGGGUUCACAACCGCUUCAGGUCACAUAAACGCCAUCACUCCGUUUUGGACACUGAAUUCUUGCUCUGUCCAACUACUUAACUAAAAACACAAAGUCAAAUACAACACUGUAUUAGUGUGAGCUUAAUAUCUCAAUCUCUAGCAAUCUCCAGAGUAUCAGCAAAGCCACCUACCACACAACAGUAAACGAUUGCGCUUCGUCUUCAGAUAUUAUGAUAUCUGUCACAAAUCAUAUCCCAUACCAGAUACGAACUAUUUCGACUACCCACAGCAGUUUACGCUGUGCAUACGGGACAAAAGAGACACAAAGAACAGUCUUAACCCACGCUUGAAAAGGAAUACUAAGCUCAUAUUCUUCACUAGUUUAAAAUAAAUCCCAUCCGUUAGAAGUUGUUUGAUGUUUUGUAAUGAUCAUUGCAAUUGUGGUGUGAUAUGGCGUUUAAGAACAUAUGGAGCGUCCCUAGGCGUAGUAGUGCUAGUAAUUUCUCACGAUCAUAGCUGUAUUGCUCAAGUUUUUGCAAUAUAAUCCUCAUUCACGACUUCCGUCGUUAUGUAGUAAGAUAAAGCCAAUCUCUUCAAUAACUAGCAUUCUUAGUGGGAGAGAUUUAGUUCUUCAUUCUAGUAUUACUUAUUUCACGCUCAAAGUAAAAGCAUCAUUAGUUUGUACGAGACGCCAGUAGAUUAGUUUCAUCUAUCCCCAACACCACCAUUUUGCGUGUAUGUGGGGAUGCGCUUCCCUACACUCCCAGCUCAUUAACAUGUGCGCACCAUUGCGGCCAUUUUGUUUGUGAACAUGACACAAUCGGACAACUCCUGCUGACAUGGAUCCUACGCUCCUAAAAUCCCACCACUCAUCACCACCCAUCACCACCCAUCAACCACCACCAACAAUCCCCUGGAACGAUCAGCACGAUCGAAACGUAAGAUAGCAAUAAGCGUAUGCUCGUUUAAUCGCGUUACGUAGUAGCCAUUGUGUUUGUGGUGUAGACGCGAUAAUAAACACUCGCGUACACUCUCUCGCAUACACACACACCAGUAGUGGAUCGAACAGCAGUCGAUUAAAAUUGUAGGACAAACAAAUCAAUGGAAUCAAAUGCAACAAGGCAGUAAUUAUAUGCAAUAAAUACUUUGAAUCUGUAGCAAACCGUGUACUAGGGCGUUGCUGAGUAUCACUGUUAUGAGUUUUGUUUGGUCGUGUGCGGAGGUGUACGUCGCGCCUCCGUUAACGCCUCACGCAUACCGUUCAGUAGUUUUGCAUUACAUGGAUCUAUUACCUACAUAUAGAGCGGGGACGCACAGAAUACUCGUAGUACACUCGUACGCCAGUGUUGUGAAUGUUUGGUUUUGAGUUGAAUUUUAGUUAUCACAUCUUUAACGUGUUUUGUAACUCCUUUCUACAGAGCAUAAAUAGUUUUUACACAAGCAAAACAAAGCGUGGAAGCUAAUGCAAACAAGCGCUAGCACAAUAUUUUCUAUCUUCCCAAUUCACCCAAAAAUUUGCUUAGCUAGUUGUGUUGUGUUUACUAUUUUUUCUUUCCACUACCUUCUUACGUCCAAAAUUUGUAAUAAUUAACCGUAUAAACAAAUAUCAUUAGAAUCGUAUAGUCGAUACCACCUAGAUGAAACGCAUAUCAAUUUGCAAUAGCGUGCUCUGUCUCUCUCUCUGUCUCUUUUCUAUCAUUGUUCUACUAACUAAUCUUCAACACUGUGUGCUAGGUAAAAGCAGUAGAUACCAUUUUAUACGGCCAUUGUACACAUCAACUAGAGACUUGUCUCUUUCGCCCUAUGUUCUAUUUUCCGUUGAUUGUCCCUAAUAUUCUACUAUAAUUUUUCUGUUUUUCGGGGUAAACCGCUCUAAAUCGGUGCAUGAUUACACAAACACGUAUACCAUUACAUUUAGAUCGUACUUUCGCAUCUCAAACGCUUGUUUUUUAGAUUGUGGUAAAGAUAGAGUAGAUGCAAGUAAACAGUAUUGUACCCAUGCGUACGUCUGUGAGUUGUGCUGCGUAAGGCAAGCAACAGUACGCAAUAUGUAAUGAUUAAACAAACAAAUAAAUAAAUCAAUUGAAAGAACAAUAACUGCAAAAUGUAAGAACUUUAUAAUCGAUUUAAAUCACAACACCCACACACGAACCCUCUCUCUCUCUCUCUCUAUUAACCCUGCAGCAACGACUAAACAGGGUAGUAAACGAGUGUACCGCAAGCGUCUAUAUGCAUGAACGUUAUGAACUCAGUAUCUAUUAAAGAAAAAAAAACUAAAACAAAUCGACAAAGACAAAACAUAAAAUAAUAACCUUCAAACAAACAAAAAAAUACAACUAUAAUGUAGCUGUAGCAAUACCAGUGUGAUUGUAUUACUUGAGAGUAGAUUUAUAAUGUAUUCAACAAUAAAUGCAUCUAAUGUAAUCGGACCUUAUUUGUACGGUAGAGAAAAACCACCAUUGACACUUACACCAUACAUUUAUAUAUAUACACUCUUAGAUGCAUAUGCAACAACAAAAAAAAAAACCCCGGAAGAUCAACCAUUUUGUAGUAAUGUGCGAAUGCAACACUGUUCUGUAACACGUAGUUUCGUAGUAGCGCUUAGUAUACUCUGUAGUCUGUAGUAGGAAAUGGUUAAAACAAAACGUAGUAACUGUACCAUUGUGGAUGAUGUGAAUCGAAAUCGCAAUGUGCUUUGUCCCACAGCUGCACACGUGCUUGCUAAAUGUGCUGCACGUACGGCAGUUAUUCUGCUGCAAAAACCAAGGCCAACCAAACGAAAUAGAGAUUGCAAAAAAGAGAUCGAAAUAUAUCCGCUGCAAACCACCAUAGUUACAAAUAGCUCCCCUCGCGACUAACGUACAAUAUUAUCUCUCUUUUAUAAAGUUUGACACCUCCACAAUCGAUUCGGUUACGAGAGCUUAAAGCUUUUCUAGUAAACAUUUGUGGUGGAAAAGGCAAAUCAUCGCUAAAAAUCAUGCUAAAUUAUGCAGGUUCUUAGAACAAGUGGUACAUCAUGGCAAUACUCAUCGUUUGUAAGAUUUUAUGACAUAAACGCAACUAAUGGAGUGAUGGAGUUUUUGCUGUAGGCUUUGCUGGGUUUUGUUUCUUUGUGCUAAAGGCAUCCACUACAAGCUUACUUCAAACUGUGGGGCUUAGUUUACGUAUAUACUUUUUUAAAUGCAAUUAAAUUUCAUUUUAGUUUCAGUACUUUAGUGCGCUAGUGCGCUAGAUAUUUUUGAUUGUAAAUAUUUGACACUGUACGUCGUUUAGUUCCUUUAGUUUCCUUCUUAAAUUGUACUAUUAUGCAUUGAGUCGUAUGACAGACACUUAUGUUGAUAUUAAGGAAUCGUAAAUCGAAUAUUUUUUUUACAAAAAACAUUAUAAAAAAAAUAGUUACAUAAUCUCAUUAGAAAGCUUGUAGCUGUUUGGUUGUACUUUUAUUUGUGAGUGUUAGCCACAACGCACUCACGUUUCUUCUCUUCAAAAAACACUCACCUACACACCAACAUUUGUUAGUAGACACACUGCAUACUAAGUAUACUAUCUAUCAGUACAUGUCAGAUUGUUUUAGAACUGUAGCUCAUUUAGUUGGCGACCUAGACACCUCCUCUCUCUCUUUCGCUGUCUCUCCCGUAGCAUUGGGUUGGUAGAUGCUCUAUCUAUGAAGUAAACGUUUUUUGUGUAGUGUGUAGCAUUAUAUUUGUAAGCAAAGCAUAGAAAAAAACCUUCGCCACAUUCGUGCGAGUGGUUCGGAGAAUAUAUGAAAAUAUUGAAAUAAAGUAUUACUAGCGAAUAAGUGUAUAGUGUUUCGUGUUUUGAAUGAUUAUCUCCCUCACAUCACCAAAGCAAAGAACAUCCGUUUAUCAUGCAUCGAAACUUUGUAAAUUUAGUAAAAAAAAAUAGCAAAUCUGCGGAUUGGUUGUUUAGUGUACAUUAAACUGUAAAAAAGGCUUCUAUUUGAUUCUAGAACUCAUCGUAGACAUGUAUCCAAACUCAUCUGUUGAACGAUUCCCGAGUUAAGAAUUUAUCAGAACUCAUCCCAGAAUGCUGUUAGUAGUCUUCCCAUAUUCACUGGUAUUUUAAAUCGUCAGUCACUAGCAAUUUUAUGGUUGGAUAAUUUAAAAUGGUUGCUUGCAUAAAAUGGCUGUUUUUGUACAGAACAUGUACAUUAGCGCUUGUUGUUGUUUUGUGGUAAGUAAACGACACUAAGUCGGUAUGGAGUAUAGACUUUUUAUAUAGCUGAGAUAUAUUCUACUAAUUUCCUCACAUAUUUAUUUAAAUACGUAAUUUUAAGUUUCAAUUUCAGUACCAAAAAGCACCGAUAAAAAAAAACCACCAGACAACGACUUCGCAAAACUUAAUCUUUUUCAUGAUUUUCCUUGACUAACUCUAUUUAGUAGCAAAAAUAAGUUAAUACUUUUUUUUCUCUUUGUACAACACUCAAUUUCCCGCUGUAUUACUUCCCUGUAUCACAGUAUCGCACACGGUACAAGAUUUGGUGUUCAUUUGGAACAUGACCGAUCCGCUGGUGGUUAACCCGGAAAUAGAGCUACCACAGUUGGACAUCAGCAACAACUACACGACCGACUGUACGAUCGAGUACUCGACCGGUAACUUUACCUGUCUGGCGGUAGUGUUUAACCUGCGGAGACGGUUGGGCUAUCAUCUGUUCCACACCUACAUUCCGUCGGCCCUUAUCGUCGUCAUGUCCUGGAUAUCGUUCUGGAUCAAACCGGAAGCCAUCCCGGCACGGGUGACAUUGGGCGUUACCUCGCUGCUAACGUUAGCUACACAAAAUACGCAAUCGCAACAAUCGCUCCCACCGGUAUCGUACGUGAAAGCCAUCGACGUCUGGAUGUCGUCCUGUUCCGUGUUUGUGUUUCUCUCGCUGAUGGAGUUUGCGGUUGUCAACAACUAUAUGGGCCCGGUAGCGACGAAAGCUAUGAAGGGCUACUCGGACGAGGAUCUGUCCGAGGCGAUCGACUUUAACAAGAACGGGUACAACAAGGACCACCGCUCGUCGGAGGUGCCCCGGUACGAUACGUUCUGCCACGGGCGGGAAACGGCCCUCUGUAUCGACAAGUUUUCCCGCUUCUUUUUCCCAUUCUCGUUCUUCAUACUGAACGUUACCUACUGGACGACGUUCCUGUAAGGUGGGCCGAACUUGCAGGGACUCUACAGAUUUGAAGCAUUUUAAGCAUCUUUGAACGUGCACCGCGAUACGAUAAAGGGGCAAACGAAACUAGGCGUAGCAUAUGAACCGUAGGUGUAAGAUAUUAUUGGCCAUCGGAAUGGCCGAUUGGUUUUAGUGGUUAAAAAAAAGCAGUGGUAUAUAACAUAGUUAAUAAAAUAGUUCUCCUCCAGUAAUCCAAUAAA